AUGGGUGGCCCUUGUUUUGAAUCCGUAUGGACCUUGCCGUUCGGCAAGGUUGGUGAGGCUGUGAUAUUGAUAAUUUUCUUAGAGCCGGACCAUUGGAGUUUUGGAAGUGCAUGGGUUUGGCCUUUGAGUGGGGCUGGGCUCUUGGAGCGGUUCCAAGUCUUGAGCAGGGUCGGAGAAUUGGAGCUUGGUGAAGCUGGGUUCGCAAGUGCUGAGAAUAAUAUUGGAGUUGAAGCACCCUGGGCUGUUUGGGCAGAUUUGGCUAGCGGGUGCCUUGAGCAGUUUUUUGAGCUUCCUUGUAGCCGGGCAUCAAGGAGAGGCCGGGUCAUAUACCCAGCGAGUGGUGUGGCGUCUCAGUUUAGCUUGAGCUUCGGUAGGUAG